AUGGAUGUACGCUUUUAUCCGUCUGCUGGAGGGAAUUCUAUUCCCGGUGACCCACCGAACCUGGAUUUUUCCCAUUGCUUGGGAUACUACAACUACAAUAAGUUUGGGAACAACAACAACUACAUGAACAUGGCAGAGGCCAAUGGAGGCCUUCUUGGGGCUGGAGAACAGACGUUCCACACGCCCAGCUUGGGGGAUGAAGAGUUUGAGAUUCCACCCAUCACCCCGCCCCCUGAGGCGGAGCCUGGUUUGGGACUUUCUGAAGGAGACACACCCUUCCCUGGCCUUCCGGACCAUCCGAACCAGCAGAGGGGCCCGUUCACCCCACAGUUUCCCCCCCAGAGCCUAGAGCUUCCCUCCAUCACCAUCUCCCGAAACAUGAUGGAGCAGGAGGGAGGCGGCAUCCACGGUGGCUUGCCAGGGGCCCACCUUCGUCAGUACCCUCCUAACCCCACCAUGGUUAUGAGGUCCAUCAUCAGCAUGAACAACCAGCCUGGCAUGAUGUCACGCAACCAGCUGACCACCAUCAACCAAUCACAGCUGAGUGCCCAGCUGGGCUUGAACAUGACUGGACCAAAUAUCGCUCAUACAUCCCCAUCUCCUCCCGCCAGCAAGUCGGCCACGCCCUCUCCCUCCAGUUCUAUCAAUGAGGACGACCCAGAUGAAAGCAACAGAGUGAUCGGAGAAAAACGCCCUGCCCCAGACGCCGGAAAGAAACCCAAGACACCGAAGAAGAAGAAGAAGAAGGAUCCGAACGAACCUCAGAAACCAGUGUCGGCCUACGCGCUGUUCUUCAGAGACACCCAGGCAGCCAUUAAGGGGCAAAAUCCAAAUGCCACCUUCGGAGAGGUGUCUAAGAUCGUGGCCUCCAUGUGGGAUGGUCUGGGCGAGGAACAGAAACAGGUCUACAAGAGCAAAACAGAGGCUGCCAAAAAGGAAUACCUGAAAGCCCUCGCCGCAUACCGUGCCAGCCUGGUGUCAAAGGCUGCUGCUGAGUCAGCUGAAGCUCAGACUAUUCGGUCAGUGCAGCAGACCCUGGCCUCCACCAGUUUGUCUCCAGCCCUGGUGCUGCCCUCUCCGCUCUCCCAGCACCCCUCAAUGUCCGCGGCUACCCAGGCGCUCCAGCAGGCCCUGCCUCGAGCUAUUGCCCCCAAACCUCUGCAAAUGAGGGUUGGCAACAGCCAGAUUGUCACCUCGGUAACAGUGGCACACCAGAGCAUGCCGUCCGGUGUGCCUUCGCAGCUGCUGGGGCAGAUGGGAGGAGGUGGGGCAAUGGGUGGUGGCCCACCGUCUGGGGCGGUGUCACAGAUGAGCCCACCGAUGCAGCCGGUGCAACAGCAGCAGCACGCAGCCAUGCAGCAGCUGCAGCAGCAGCAGAUGCAGCAGCACCUGCAGCACCACCAGAUGCAGCAGCAGCAAAUGCACCACCAGCAGAUCCAACAGCAGAUGCAGCAGCAGCAUUUCCAACACCAUCUCCAGCAGCAGCUGCAGCAGCAUCACAUGCAACAACAGCAGCAACAGCAACAGCAACAGCAACAGCAGCAGCAACAGCAAAUGCAACUGCAGCACAUGCAGAUGCAACAGCUGCACCAGCAACACAUGCAGCAGCAUCUCCAACAGCAACAGCAUCAGUCGCAGCAUCAGUCGCAGUGCUCUCCGGUGCAGCAUUCCCCUGGAACACCCCACUCAGCAUCACUGGGCAGCCCUCAGCCUACGGCCCCCCAACCACACCCCUCUCAAAUCCAGGCCCAUGCCCAGGUUCUUUCUCAAGUCAGCAUCUAUUGAGC